AGUCACAGAAACGCAUGCGGUUUUUCGUUUAUCUCCUCAGUUCGCGGAGAAGUCCAGCAGCGCCGCGCCAGCGCCAUGAAGGACUUCGCGGGGCUGGGGCACCUGUUCGUGGUGUCCUUCCUCUUCUACUUCUCCUCCUUCAUGGUGAUCCCGGCGAUCACCGACGUCACCAUGGAGGCCGUCUGCCCCGGCCGCGACGAGUGCUCCGCCGCCAUCUACCUCAGCGGCUUCCAGAACGCUGUCACCGGGCUGGGGGCGCUCGUGGUGACCCCCGUCGUCGGCAACCUGUCGGACAGGUACGGGAGGAAGGCGCUGCUGACGCUGCCGGUGACCGUGGCCAUCUUGCCGCUGUUAAUCUUGGCGUGCAACCGCUCCGACUUGUACUUCUACGUGUAUUACGUGGCAAACAUCGUGGCCGGGAUCUUCUGCGGCGCCAACAUGCAUUGCCUAUGCCAUGCCUACGUGGCGGACCACGUGGGGCCCCGGCGUCGCGCGGCGGCGUUCGGUCUCCUCUCCGGCGUAUCGGCAGCCGGGUUCGUCUCGGGUACCCUGACCGCGCGCUUCCUCGCCACCUCUUCCACCUUCCAGGUCGCCGCCGCCGUCGCUAUGGUGGCCGCGCUUUACCUCAGGGUUUUCCUACCCGACUCCGGCGGCGUCUCCUGCAGUGACGAAGCCUGCGAUCCGCUCCUCCAGGCUUCAUCCUGCACCUCCUCCACCUCGUCUUCCGCUUCAUCCUCCGACUCCGAUGAACACCUCUCGCCAAGGCUUCCGCCACAGAAGGGCGGUUUGCCGUCUCCAUCCGACAUGUUUGCGCUUCUAACUAGCAGUUUGGCCUUGUCAGGGGCAGCAACCAUCACUUUCUUCUACAGUCUAGGUGAACAUGGCCUUCAAACUGCAUUGAUGUACUACCUGAAGGCACAGUUUGGUUACAGCAAAGAUGAGUUUGCCAAUCUUCUUCUAAUUGUUGGUGCUGCUGGAAUGCUAUCACAGCUAAUUGUAAUGCCUAUCCUGGCCCCAAUUCUGGGUGAAGAGAUACUGCUUAUCGUCGGGCUGCUAGGAGGAUGCACUCAUGUUUUCUUGUAUGGCAUCGCAUGGUCAUACUGGGUGCCCUAUUUUUCUGCAGCAUUUGUAAUUUUGAGUGCCUUUGUUCACCCAUCUAUAAGAACCAAUGUAUCAAAAAAUGUCGCAUCAAAUGAGCAGGGAAUUGCUCAAGGAUGUAUAUCUGGGAUUAGUUCUUUUGGCAGCAUAUUAGGUCCCCUCAUUUUCACUCCCUUAACUGCAUGGUUCCUUUCUGAAACAGAGCCCUUCAACUUCAAAGGUUUCAGUAUUUUGUGUGCUGGCUUUUGCACCCUCAUUGCAUUUAUUGUCAGUAUGAGGAUACGUGGGGCUCAAUCCAGUGCAUGCAAAAAGAGCACCGUUCAGCAUGAACAAGCAUGACAUAGUAUAGUGUUGUCUACUAGGUUUUUAUUAUUCUGUCCAUGUACAUAGACACAAAAGGACAGGAUGAAAGAAGCGUAACUUGAAGCAAAAAGACAAGGUAUAACCGUAUAAUGACAGAAACUGCUGGGAAAACAUGGUUUCAGGAGAAUGAAUUAUCCAAUGCAAUCAGGCAUUUAAACGUUGCAUAUUGCAAGCUAAACUGCCACGCCCUCGAGUAAGUUCAGUAGUGCUGUAAAUUUGCUGCUAGUAGCACGAAACUAGACCACUGCAUCUUUUGUCUGUUGUUUCACUGCUUCAGAGUGUCCACGAACUAGCGUUUCCAUACUCAUAGAAGCAGUUCGAGAAGAAUUUGAAUCAGAAAGCAGUAAAGUUGUUCCAGACGGUUCCUGCUUUUUAUAUGUAUAUUUUUGAUUGGCUA